GUUCCGUUCCGUUUCCCUCCCCUCUCCCCAACCAAAGCGGAGCAGGCGGCGGCGGCGGAAGGGGAGCAGGCGGACGCCGCGGCGGCGAUUCGGCCAUGGAGCUGUCGAUGAGCGGCAGCUCGCUGCGGACUUUCGGCCGGUGCGUCACCUUCCUCGCGCGCGUCGCAUCCGAGCUCGUCCUCCAGGCGCUCCCCGCCAAGGUUCGACUCCCCUCUCGUCGCCUCCCGGCCGCCGCAUGGGGUUUUCCCCCACCUGAUUCUUACGCGCUCUCUUCUCUGACGUUUCAUCAGCUGGAGCUGCACACGCUCAACAGCUCGCGGUCGGCGUACGGUUCGGUCUCCCUCGCGCGCGACUUCUUCGACAGCUACCACCUCGACGCCGCGGCUUCGGCGCCGUCGUCCACGCCGCUGCAGUGCAGCGUCCUCCUCAAGUCCCUGCUCGCCGUCCUCCGCACGCCGCACGCCGCGCUCGACCGCCUCGCUAUCUCCCUCCCAGAACCCGACGCGCCCAAGCUCCAGUUCACCCUCCACUGCCUCAACGGUGUCAGGAAGACGUACUGGAUCGUAUGCAGCGCGGAACCCGAGGUGCAGUCGCUGGCGCUCGACCGGGGGCGGUUCCCGAGCCGCCUCACCAUCCGGCCCCGGGAGCUCGCGCGCCUGCUCUCCAACUUCCAGUCCUCGCUGCAGGAGCUCACAAUCAUCGCCACAGAUCCUGCUGCAGGGCUGCCUGAUGCCGGCGGGGACGUUGGGGGCAAGGCCGUUGAGCUCCGGAGCUACAAUGACCCUGCAAAAGAUGACUGUGACACUAGACUGCACACGCAGCUGUGGAUCGACCCUGUUGAGGAGUUCGUGGAGUAUGUCCAUGCUGGUGAUCCGGUGGAUGUCACCUUUGGGGUAAAAGAACUAAAGGCGUUUUUGACAUUUUGUGAAGGGUGUGAGGUUGACAUUCUUCUGUUUUUUGAGAAGACUGGCGAACCUGUUCUUUUGGUUCCGAGAUUUGGAUUGGAUGAUGGAUCAACCUCUGAUUUUGAAGCUACACUUGUUCUGGCCACUAUGACUGUAUCGCAACUAGUUGACAGCAGUGAUGCCCAACAGCCAGCUACAUCGGCACAACACAAUGGAGAACCAAGGCCUGCCACUACACCGUCAGUCUCAAACCAUACUAAAAUAUGGUCAGAGCUUUCAGGCAAUACUCCCAAAAGCUUUGAAGCUAACAGAGAAACACAUGCCCCAAAGAAGAGCAAUGCAGGCACUAGUAUGCUGAACGACACUGUUUUGCCCAAUGCUACAAAUGCUCCACGGAAGCCACCAGCUGCAGAUAAUGCAAACAAUAUAAUGCAGCCUAUGCAGAUGGAUCACUUGGAAGAGCAUCCUGAAGUCCUCAGUGCUAUCCCAAGGUCGCAGCAUCACCCGAGCAACUGGGUAGGUGCUGAUGAUAACGAUGAUGACAAUGAAGAUGAGGAGCUUCUAGUCCAAACAACACCUCACUACAUGGACUGAGGAAAAUUGCUGAUUCUGAAAUAUGCAGACUACAUGGACUUAGGAUAACUGCUGAUUCUGAAACAUGUAGGAACAUUUCAGCCUAGAGUGUAGUGGGUUAAGGGUUCUUCAUAGUUCCUGUAGGGCAGGAGUUUACAACUUUGACUAACUUUCCCCAGCCAUAUAAAAAAGUAGCAGCUCUCUGUAUCCAGUGUGAGUGUGUGACUUCCAUUUCUUUCCAUAAUGUAGGAAAACAUCGAAGGCGAUUUGUUCUGAUUCGCAUAAGCGUUCUGUUUAUCGUUUCUACCGUUUUAUCCAGCA